GGAAGCGGAAGUGAGGGAGAAAAGCCGAGGGCUCCGCUGUUCGCAUGCGCGGGCUGUAGUGUUUACUUCCGCUUGACCUGGCCCGGACGCCAGGAAAUGUUCCACGUGGGAUACCGUGCCUGGGGUUCACUGAAGUAGCGACACUGGGUAGUCUUUGGAGCGGGCCUGAGGGACAAGGACAUGUGGAUCCCAGUAGCCGGGCUUCCUCUGCGGCUGAGGCUCUCCGCCUUGGCGGGCGCUGGUCGCUUUUGCAUUUUAGGGUCUGGAGCGGCGACGCGAAAACACUUGCCGGCGAGGAACCGCCGUGGCCUGGCUGACUCCUCUCCGCAGCUGUUGCCCGAACCGGAUUUCAGGAAUCCGCCAAGGAAGGCGUCUAGGUCCAGCUUAGACUUUAAGCGUUACGUAACCGAUCGGAGAUUGGCUGAGACCCUGGCGCAGGUCGUAUGCGGAAAACCAAAUAGACCUCCACACUUACUGCUGGAGUGCAACCCAGGUCCUGGAAUCCUGACUGAGGCAUUACUUGAAGCUGGUGCCACAGUGGUUGCCCUCGAAAGUGACAAAACUUUUAUUCCACAUUUGGAGUCCUUAGGAAAAAAUCUGGAUGGAAAACUACGAGUGAUUCACUGUGACUUCUUUAGAAUAGAUCCUAGAAGUGGUGGAGCAAUAAAGCCACCCGCUAUGUCUUCUGAAGAGCUCUUUAAGAAUUUGGGAGUAGAAGAAGUUCCUUGGACAGCAGGCGUCCCUUUAAAAGUAUUUGGAAUGUUCCCAAGUAGAGGUGAAAAAAGGGCACUUUGGAAACUCGCAUAUGACUUGUAUUCCUGUACUUCUAUCUAUAAAUUUGGACGAAUAGAAAUAAAUAUGUUUAUUGGUGAAAAAGAAUUCCAGAAACUAAUGGCAGAUCCCCGAAAUCCAGGCUUGUAUUAUGUAUUAAGUGUUGUCUGGCAGGUAGCUUGUGAGAUUAAAGUUCUGCACAUGGAGCCUUGGUCAUCAUUUGAUGUAUACACCCGAAGUGGGCGGCUGGAAAACACAAAGCGUAAGUUCAUUGACUCCACUUGAUGCAGCGGAUAUAUUGAUGCAAAUAGGAAAAAAGGAAGAUGAGAAAGUAGUGAAUAUGUACCCUGAAGACUUCAAAAGACUUUUUGAAACUAUAGAGUCUUCCGAAGAUUGUACUUAUAAAUGGCUGUAUGAUGACACCCUGGAAGAUAUGUAGCACCUGGACUGUGGUUUUUGGUGGAGCAGUUUAUUUACUUGGAAACUGUGACAUGAAAACCAAACUUGAAAACUCCCAUGCUUUCAGCAGAAGAUAACUGUUCUUGUUUUGCACAAGCCAGGCAGAUCUUUUCUCCUAAGUUAUCGUUGGCAUAUUGGAUGAAACAGUGGCUGCUAUUUUAUUCACAAUUGAAUAAAAUGAAAACUUCAAUUAAUUAUGGAUUUGAUCAGAUUGAAUUCAUUUUCUUUCAGAUUCCUCUUUAAAUAUUUCACUUUUACUGUUGCUGACGUUUGCAUCUUCUUGAAGAGCAAGAGUCUGUACAUUAUUAAGCUUAGAAAGUAAACAAAAGUGAUACACUGAUUUGCCUUUCAGUUUGUUGAAAUGUAUUGUCAAAUACUGUACAAUGAAAUUGUUUAAAUUGUAAUAUGAUUUAAACUUUUUUAGAAAUUAAAAUAUUUUAAAUAA